CGACUGCGACCCAUUUAGUUCGACCUCUCCCGAGGAAACGCGUCGUGUUCCCGACUCCAGUGUUUUUCUAACCUCAAACUCGCCAGGCCCCUCUCUCGGGUUUCCGAAAGUUUCUGCCGUAGGCUGUCUAGCGCAUUCUUUAACCGUGACCGAACUGCCCCGGGCCAUGGGCGGAGACUCCCGAGUGUGGAUUUUUUGAGCGUGGGUUGUGUUUUUUUUUUCUACGCGGUGUUGCCAACUUGACUUCUGUUUAUUCCAGUGCGGUCGGAUUUAAAAUCCCGUAAGCUGGUAUAACCAAGAAAAUGGUUUAAAUUGAUGGGCUGAGAUUUUUGAAGACAUUGAGUGAACUCUGGUGGUGACUUUAUGAACAAAAGGAAGAAUAUAUAUAUAUACUGAAGUAUCCAGCGAUAACGACGAAGUCGUCUUAUAGUGCAAUGAUAUAAUAAUUGAUAUUGGUCUAAAAGUGUAUAAUUAAAAUAAUAGUGUAAAUGUUAGAACACUAAUCUGGUCGGGGUUUUUUUUUAUACGGCUCGUUUUCGGGCACGCGACACUGUUGCCAAGUGUGGGCCCGCGUUCUCUGGGGCUGCUACGGAAAGCUCGCUCGUGAUUGGUCGACGCCCCUCGGCCGAGCCUUCUGAUUGGUUCGUUCGUCCACGGUGCUCGGAAGUUUGGGUAAUCGGCCCACGUGACCCGCGACAGGCUGAAACUUGGACCGGUUAUCAAAGACGGGACGCGAGUGCGACAUUUCACGGAACACGGCCGCCAUAUGUGACAUAGAUCGACACGCAGACGGGGAUUUUGUGCGCAGUUGAGGUUUUGUCCAAUCCAACGGAUCUCGGAACUGGUUACACGGCUGAGAAAUACGAAUGGUGUCGCUCUUUUGACGGAAAUACGCGGACACUUUUCUUGGGAUUAGACGGUUCUGUAUCGAGAUUUUUAAUUUUAUCGGCUGAGAUAACGAGAUUGUUGGUGCACGUGGGACGAUUAGGCUCGGUUGAGCUGAUAGUUUUAAUGAGUGAUCUGCUUCGAAGGGAAAAGUGAAGCUUGAAGCUAAGCGGAGAAGAUUUUUAGCUGUUACGUGCUGAAUCUGGGGAGCGAAGUGGAAAUUCAAGUUUGACAGGACUCGUAAGGAAAAUAUAUACUUGAAACGAUUGAUCUGCUUCGAAGGGAAAAGUGAAGCUUGAAGCUAAGCGGAGAAGAUUUUUAGCUGUUACGAGCUGAAUUUGGAGAACGAAGUGGAAAUUCAAGUUUAACAAGACUCGUAAGGAAAAUAUAUACCUGAAACGAUUAAUUUGCUUCAAAAGGAAAAGUGAAGCUUGAAGCUAAUCGGAGAAGAUUUUUAGCUGUUGCGUGCUGAAUCUGGAGAACGAAGUGGAAAUUCAAGUUUGACAGAACACGUUAUAAGGGAAAUAUUACAGGGACAUAUACUUGGCAACGUUACUCUGCUUCGAAGCGAGAUUUAAAGUUCUACGGAAUACUGUGAAGAAAGUAUAUCAGCUGUUACAUCGUGCAUCUGAUCGGUGGAGUGAAAAUAAAAAUUUAACGCAACGCAUAUCGUAUAUGUAUGUAUAUAUUUACAGUGUUUUCUCUGCUUCGAAGUGAGAAUUAAAGUUUGACAGACAACGCAUUGAAGAAAGUAUCCACUAUCAGUCGCAUCUGGACAACAAAGUGGAAAUAAAAACUUAACGGAACACACAUCGGAGGAAGUAUCUCUUAUCGGCUGUUGCAUGUUACACAUCGACAACAAAGUGGAAAUGGAAGUUUGACGGAAGAAGCAUAGAAGAUAGUGUCUUUCAUCACCUGUUGCAUGCUACAUCUCGACAACGGAGAAUAGUGAGAGAGAUCCGAAGAGAGUCUCUUGCAACUUGACGAUUCUUUAAGCAAGCUGCGUAUGAGAGUUCGGUUUGGAAUUGAGUAAUCAGAGUUUGAUAAACCUGAAAAGACUGGCAAGUCUAAAGCCGAUACAUGUAAUAAACUCAGCACAUCGAUGUUGGAGUGUGCCAAUGUUCUAUAAUAGCAUGCAGUUCGCGUAUAGAUACACGUGGAACAAAGAGAUCAUUGUCAACUCACAGAAACUCGUAAAGAGACGUUGAAUUGGGAGGUGCUGACUUUGGGAAGCCCAUCUUCGGCUAAGAAACUGCUACACCAUCCUCCUGCUCUUGCUGGGCUCCUCGACGACUGUCGUUGCACCUUUAUUGCUCUAUCAACCUUAUUCAACUUGACACAACGUAACACAACCAACAAAGCUCUGCGAUGGCAACUAUGUGUCUUGGCGAGCCCUUCUCCGACUGGCUGGAGGAGAAGACGGACCUGCCGAUCUUCGAGGAGCUCUCUGUGCCAGAUUACGGGUACAACAAGCCGAUAGUAUACCAGGAGUUGGCGAAGCAGCCGUUGCAGCACCACCAGCAUCACCAGCAUCACCAGCAUCACCAUCAGCAACAGCAGCAGGACACCACGCAAAGUCUGCUCCAGGAGUUCGAGUCAGUCCUCGGGGACGUGGAGGCUUGCCACCAGAUAUCAUGCGGAGUGUGUCCGACCUUAACCCCCCCUCAAUCGCCACCCCCGCGGAAGGGGACGACCCCGGACAUCCAGCUGCUGGCCACGCUGCAGCCCGUGGAGAUCGUCCCCGCCGGUAAUCCUCUCCAGAACGUGAAUUACUGGAACCCCGAGAUCAUCUCGCUGACGCCGCUGGUGUCGGACCCGGUCAGCGAACUUGCCGAGGUCGACGCUUUCGUCCUCUCCUGCGCAGACGAGGCUGCGCCGAUCAGCCCGAGCACCAGCUCGGCGGGUGGCGGGUCUACCUCCUCCGACGACAACGCGGACGACCCUGAUUGGACGCCCCUCGCGGACCAUGGCGACGGCGGCCGCCAUCUUGGAUCCCAGCCGGGCCAAUCGGCGCCCUCCGACGACUCCAUGGACGCCCCUGAUUGGUCCACUCGACAUCAGCGCCGCGAUGCCAAAGCUCUGGGGCUGGCGCCAUCUGAGGACUCAUCGGACGGCCCCGAUUGGUCCGCCGGCUCCGCCAAUCAGCGCCGCGCAGCGGCCGGCAAGAGUAGCCGCGGCGUUUCCCCUGGAGACUCGACCGACGACCCUGAUUGGACGCCUGCAGGCGGCGCUACCGGCGAGCGCCGCUCCAGUGGAAACUCCAGGGUUCGGGGAUGCCCCUACUCGCGGCCCUCCGUCGAGGACAAGAAGUUCCGGAAAAAGGAGCAGAACAAGAACGCCGCCACUCGGUACCGGCAGAAGAAGAAGCAGGAGAUCGAGGAGAUCCUCGGGGAGGAGAAGGAACUGGCUGACCGGAACGAGGAGCUCAGAGGGAAGGUCAAGGAUCUCCAGAGGGAGAUUGGGUAUCUGAAGGGUCUCAUGAGGGACCUCUUCAAGGUUAAGGGUUUCCUUAAUUGACGGCUCUUGGGUGCUUCUCAAGGGUUGCUCUGAUUUAGAGGUUUAUUCGUGCAUAUUCCAGGCGUGCAGAUCGUUGCGCGGUUCGCACGUGCAUUUGCUUCCGUAAGUUUUAACAAAUGACUAAUGUUUCCGAUUGGUAGACACCUUCAGCUUUGAUCCUUCGUUCUGCAAAGGGUCGACUCUGGUGGGGAACUUUUCAUGAGGCUGGGGAAACGUCCAUGCUGGAAAACCAAGAUAAUGGGUAUCAGGCGACGCGUUUUCGCAAGGGAAAUUUUUUAGUUUGGUUUGGCCACUCGAUUCGCUAGAAAUGGUGUGAUGAAUUCAUGAAACAAUGCUUAACCUGCGUCGAAAAACGCGCCACGCUCGGGAGAGUUUCGAACCAAAUACAUUUUUGGGCGAAAAACGCGCCACGCUUGGUAAAGUUUCGAACCAAAUACAUUUUUGAGUGAGAAACGCGCCAUGCUUGGUAGAGUUUCGAACCAGAUACAUUUUUAGGCGAGAAACGCGCCCCGCUUGGUAGAGUUUCGAGCCAAAUACAUUUUUGGGCGAGAAACGCACCACGCUCGGUAGAGUUUCGAACCAAACACGUUUUUGGUUGAAAAACGCGCCACGCUCGAUAGAGUUUCUAACCAAACACGUUUUUGGUUGAAAAACGCGCCACGCUUGGUAAAGUUUCGAACCAAAUACAUUUUUGGGCGAAAAACGCGCCACGCUUGGUAAAGUUUCGAACCAAAUACAUUUUUGGGCGCGAAAUGCGCCACACUUGGUAGAGUUUCGAACCAAAUACAUUUUUGGGCGAGAAACGUGCCACGCUCGGUAGAGUUUCGAACCAAAUACGUUUUUGGGCGAGAAACGCGCCCCGCUCGGUAGAGUUUCGAACCAAAUACAUUUUUGAGCGUUCGAACGAGACGCUACAGAGUUCUAUACAGUAAGGAUUGAGAUUUGAGUACUGGGGGAAAUGGAAAUAUAAUUUCUUCAUUGUCCCAGCUAAAGAAAUAAACUUUCGAGCAACGCAAAAAAUCCAGGAAAAAAUGGGAAAUUUUUUGAAAUAGAAAGUGAAGAUACUUUAAUGUGACAUUUUCCUGGGACUUCAAGCGGAGACGUUUCCGCGGUCGAGCCGUUCUUUUUGGUUAGGAUUUCUUUUUGUCUCUCUGUUAUCGAAAUGGUUGCUGUCCUGUCGUCUUUUUAGAAGCAAUCGUCGUCGACUGUCACCAAUAAUGCACUUUAUCGCUAGUUGUAAUCUAAUAAUUGAAAGGAAGUUGUAAAUUUUAUGUGGGAACAGAGUGACGAUGGAACGGUCCUAUGAAGCUCUUCGGGGUGGAAACUUACCGAUUCCAUUGUUGCUCGGCAAUUCGGAGUACUUACCGACUUACUUGGUUCGAUUCCGAGAACUUUUGUUAGACUUAAUGUCUCAUAUGUUUUGCUACCCUGGAUCUGUAUCGGAGGAGAAAUAAAUUGGUUAAAUCGAACACGAA